AGGUGGCACCGUUACAGUCAACAGCUGGCGGGCUACGUUCCCAACGACGGCGGAGGCAAAUAGGAUACUCCCUCGUAGCGACAGCGAAACUGCAAUACAUUUCAAAAGAUCACCAAAUAAAUAUCUCGGAGAGAGAACAACAGGUUUCUGUCAUUCUUCUCGCUUUACAAUGAAUUCACUCUUCAAGAAGUUCCAAGAUGUGGUGGAAAUGGGAAAGGAACAGGACACUGCUGGCAUUCUUCCCCAAGAACCACACGGAAACGUGACCUCCUCGUCCGAUCCGGCCGUGCUGCGACGGCACAUUGGCACACUCACUCAGCAGCUUGCCCGCCAGGUUCACUCCUACGAGGAGCUGCGCGAGGAAAGCGCCGGAAUCGAGAAGGAGCUAAUGCGGCUGCGACUGCGCUUUGCGGCUUCGCGUGAGCUUUGGGACACGGCAAAUGAACAACUGGAGGUGGUGAUUCAGAAUUUGCUCGAGCAUCAGCUUUUCGGCAACACUGUUGCGGCGAGCGGUUCGGCCGGCGUCGCUGCGCCUUCCAGCGCCCUGGAUGCCACCUACGUCGCCUCGCUGCACGAGCAGAUUCAGCGACUGAAAGAGAUGGUUCAGCGCAGCGGAGAGGAGCGGACACAGCUGCGGUGCGAGAAGCAAUACGAGCAGACACAGCUGCUAAUGAAGAGUAGCGGCCUCGCCGGUGCAGCGCUCGACACAGGGGUGCGUCAAGCGUUGGAAAAGCUGGUGCAACACUGGGCAGAGGAGCGCACGCAGUACGAGACGACCGUGGAGAGCUUAGAGCAGCAUGUUGCGCGGCACGCAGAACGGGAGGCGCUACUGAGUGAUCAAAUCAAACAAGAAAAGGAGCUGCGCCAGAGCACGGCGGCGAGUGUGGAACAGAGUAGCGCGGCGAUGCAGGAGCUACAUGCUGUACAGGCAGAGCUGGAGGAAUGGCGCAGCGGUGCCCGUGUGGUGAGUCACAGGAGGGAUGUACCGGCUGCUGCUGCUUCCCCUACUGCACUGCUCGUUCCUCUCUUCAACGCAAGCCCAGAUGUUGCGGGCCCAACUGCAGAGGAGCCGCAGGCACCUCUAGUGGCAGAGAUGAUGACCUCUGCUGCGUACCCCAACGCGGCCGCUCCCACCGUUCGCACUGACGCUCCAGUUUCCACCCCCUCACCUCCCAAGGCGUCCAGCGAUGGCACCACAGCACACCUCGAUGUUACUUCACCCGAACUCGCGGCCGUGCAGGAACUACAGGCGGAGCUGGAGCUGCUUCACCAGGACUAUGGAGCCCGCGAAGAGGCGUUGGACAGUCUCUACACAGACAACAAAAACCUACAGGAAGCCCUGCAGAGGGCUGAAGCACAGGCUCGCCACUCCGACGCUGAGCUUCGCGACUGUCAGCGCCGCCUGGAGGAGGUGCAGAAGCAGCUGGCCCGCGAGCAGCACAAAACGCAGCAGACAGAGGAGGCGUGUCUGAAGGCCGUGGCGGCGGAGGCGAAACUGCGAGAUCAAGUGCGCGAGUUGCGCGUUGCCCUCACCGCUGCUGCUGCUGCCGAGCACGACGUGGUGGUGCCGCAAGUCCGGUCUGCCACGGCAGCAGGUGGCGGGCUCACUAUCCCCCAAGCACGCGGUGUGCGAGUGGGUCAACCGAGCCGUUACGAGGUGGCAGAGCAAUCUAUCACGUACGAGGACGGCGGCACGUGGCGAGAGUGGGCAGUGGAAGCGGGCCGCUGGUGGAAGGAGCUGAAGGGCGACGCCGUGCCACUGCGUGCGCCGUUGCCUACUCCUAGUGGGGGUGGCGCUGGCGCUCUGCACUUUCGGAGUGCGCUGGCGCCGCGCCGAGGGCCGAGAGUUUUGCUGUUGUUUGCGGGCCUCAUGGGCGUGAUUAUGAUUGUAUUUCUCUUUUUAGUCAUUGUCGAGUCCACGUACGCCGCCUUCACGAUGCCCGAGGUGCAGUAG